AUGGAUGUCCGUGCUGUGUUCUGGUGGGACACCAGUGAUAAGACAGUGGACGCUAGCCUGGUUUCGGCUCAAGUAAACAUCCAUGGAUGGGCGCCUGUUGACCCAUCUCCAUCUCGUGAACAUCACAAGACAGAUUCGAUCCAAAGACCAACCCCGGCAGCCCCCGUGCGGCUUAUCAUCACCACCAACACGGGGCACGCCUCGAGACUGUCAACAACAGUGCACAACAUGGAUCGCCGUCGGGUCGAGGAGGUUCUCCGCAAGCUGGACGACUUGCAGGAGGGGGGAGGGCAAGAGAUAUCCAUCCUCAAGAUCAGCGAGCCGAUAUCCAGCGCGAUGGGCCAGGACGCCGCCAACAACACGGCGGCGGCCCCCCGCACGUCGGACGCCUCCAGCUCGUCCAUGGACGCGGGCCCGACGCCGGCGAGCCUCGAGGCGGACCUGGCGCACUACAGGGAGCUGUUCGCCAAGCUGCGCUUCUCCUACGUCGAGCAGGUCACCAAGGAGAAGUUCAUCCGGGCCAUCGUGGGCGACCCGCCGCUCAUCGUCACGCCGCAGGACACCGUCGCCCUCGAGACGCAGAACCGCACGGCCAAGUCGCAGCUCAAGGCGCUCAAGGCGGAGGUCGCCGACGCGGUGGCGGAGCUGGAGCGCAAGGGCCGCGAGCUCAGCCGGCGGUACGAGGGCGUCCGCGCCGAGGCGGCGGCCCUGCGCGCGCUGCCGGACAAGAUCGCGGGGCUGGAGGAGCGCAUCGCGGCCCUGCGGCGGGCGGGGGACCCGGGGGCAGGAGACAACCCGCUGCUGGCCCUACCGCUGUCGCGCACGCUGCAGCUCGUCGACGAGCGCAGGGCCGAGCGGCACGAGCUCGACCGGCAGCUGCAGCAGCUGCGGUCGCAGGCGCCCCGCAGGCACAAGGAGGCGGAGCGCCUGCAGGCCGAGCUGGGGGCGCUCGAGGCGCGGCGGCAGAACACGGCGGCGGCGGCGGGCGAGGCGCGGCGGCGCAAGGAGGCGGCGCUCGGCGGGGUGCAGGACGACCUCGAGGAGCGGGGGCGGUGGUACCGGGGCGGGGAGGCGGCUCUGAAGCAGAUGCUCGAUCUCGAGGGUUGA